GGAGAAUCUAGCAUUAGUUGAAAGUGAAGUUCGAGAAACACAGUAAUCAUAACGAUAAUUACACGGACUAUACUGUUAUACCACUACUGAAACUGUUGAAAAGUUUACUGAGAACUGAGAGAAUUAUUAAGAUUAUUGAAAUCAGUUAAGUAUUCCUCUGAGACGACGAUUUUACCUGGAUCAUGGCGAACAUGUUUUUAUUGCUGACUCUGACUGUGCUACAAAUUAAUAGGGCGUGUUCGUACAAUAUCGGUCGUGACCGGCUGGACGACUCAUUCAUGCAGAGCGACACACACGGGUGGAUGGAGGAGCCGGCGCUGGAGAGCUACAACACGGUCCCAAAAGGAUGCGGCGGAAAACCGGCAGACGUCUACUUCGUCCUUGACACUUCCAGUGACGUCACACACGAUCAAUUCCAACGGCAGAUCCAGUUCCUUGUGGACCUCACUCCGCUGUUCCACCUGGGUCAGGACACCACCCAGAUCGGCGUCCUGGCCUACGGAAACAACGUCGUGACCGUCGCCAGACUCGGCGCGUACAAAGAUUCCUCGGAGAUACAGGAGUCGAUCAAGGUGACCCCACGGGUUGGAGGGGCAAGAGACACCGCCCAGGUCCUCAGAUACCUCCGCACCAAGGCGUUCUCUCCAGUCGUCGCCAGGCGCUCUGCGGCUCACGUGGUCGUCCUCCUGAACGCGGGCCUGUCGGGCAGCUCCAAGUUGAUGAGGACGGAGGCGACGUUGUUGAAGAAGACAGGGGCGUACCUGUACACGGUCGGGGUCGGGGACAGUGGCGACAAGGGGGAGAUGGAGGAGGUGGCGUCCUGGCCUGCAGCCGAUUUCAUCUUUCGCGCCGAUGACUUCACCAUUGUGGAAUCUCUUGUGAACAUACUGCACAUUCACGAGUGUGACUUCCAGAUCGACCCUCCUCUGUCGCAGAACUACAAAAACAAGAAUCCCGUCUGCUCGCCGCGUCGUCCCGUCGACAUCGUCUUCCCCGUGGACCACAUCGCCAUCGGCAGCGUCAACACCGAGAAGAUCCUGAACGUCAUCCAGGGCUUCCUGCUGGAGCUGGAGCCGCAGUUCGUGGAGACCGCGGUCCUGUUCAGCAAGACUCACUUCGCAGAUGCGCUCAACCUCAACCACUUGGAGGGCGUCAAGCUGGCGCACGAAAGACUGCAGACAGUCGUAUUCCAAGAUCUGGGCAAUCUGCUGAAGCGGACCAGGAGGGUCCUGGGAAGAGGAAGGCAGGGCAUUCAGAAGACGGUCGUUCUGUUCCUGGACGACAGCGUUCCGCUGACGGACUCGGUUUUCGCCGAGGCCAAGAGGAACAAGUAUUUGAAGAUCGAGACGUAUGUGGUUUACGUUGGGACGAAUUACAAGCAGAGAGAUCUGGAGCUGGUCAGCAAUGGCAAGGGGAAUAACCACGUCGUGCAGAUCAACAGCUACGAAGAGUUGUCCCAGAUCAGGAAUAAGAUCCUUGUCAACGUCUGUAAAGGAUUGUAGCAGUUGACAUCACCAGUUGUCGAUCAAGAACAUAAAGGGUCGAUGUUAACUGAAUAUUCAAUUUAUCUUCAUGUUGAAAGUGACUGCUGAUUCCGUCCAUAUGCAGAAGUGAAGCUACACCGUGAGAUAUUGUUACCAUAGUAACACUAUCAUAGUUCUUACGAUCGAUUGUAAUGUUUCCGAAUAAUAACGAAAUUGUUCAACAAAACACUGAAGAACAAUUGAAUGGACUGUUCAAAAACGGAUGGUCUAUAAACUCCAGCCACUGUUGGCUGAAGAACAAGAUAAUUUGAGUAGCAUAAAAUUAGAGAAAAAACAACAAACAGGACAAAAUUCCUGGUUCUCACGUCCAAUGUGUAUCCUCGAGAUUAUAGCUGUUCAGUGUUGUAAUACUGACGGGGGCCAGUCUAUGAAGAUGACUGUUUCGGCACCAUGCCAGUGUAAUAAUACCGUGACGCUAACUUGUGCUGACGUGUCUAAUCCCUACGUCAGAAUGAUGUCUCAUGCAUAAAGUCAUGCCAGACCGUGUUUGAUACCCACGAGAGACUCGAAAACUAAGAACUAUAGAAAACGUAAAAGAACUAAUUCCAGAGUUGUACCGUUGUAUGAACAAGAUGCAUGGAGGUGUGGAGAGAGUUACCGUUAUCAAAUAAUCUGUUUGUGGUCAUUUUUAAGAUGCUUCCUAUUAACAGAGUAUUUGUAACGACUAGAAAUAUAUGUUAAAUAGAUGUUAAAUACAUGUUAAAUACAUGUUUGGUUAGAAUAUCAUUGUCUGUAUUUUCAGUUUGUUUCUGGUCAUCAUAAUUUUUGCAUUCAACUUCCAACUUCAAAUUCAAGUGGUUAAACGUGCACAUUCAGAGCAAGCCUUUAUAGCGCACGCCUGUCAUGGGCGCACGUUUUGACUAUUGCCAGUCCUUCCGUCCAGGACAGGAAUGUUUGCAUUUCCUCAAACUUCAUUUUAUUUCCAAAUAUAUAUUUUUUAACUUUCGAAAUUAUUGAAAGGCAAAAUCCAGGUUUGGCUUCUAUAAACUUUAAGCUGACCAGAAACACUUUGAAUAUACAGACACCAAUAUUCUAAACAAGAAAACGUAUUGAAUAUGAGGUUUUAGUCAUUACAAAGGCUCUAUUAAAUGGAAACAACUUAACAGUGGAAACAAACUGAGGGCAAACAAUGAUCGUGUUUGCUGCAAAUGCUCGCGAGAUUGGGCUACAGUGUGCUAAUAAUAAUAUUAUGUUGUGUAGUUGUCUUGUCUCUUAACAUUCCUAACGUGUGCUUAGGACAUUAGGCCACAACGAAAACAAAAAGUUGGUGACCGUCCAAUCCCUUCAUCUCGAAAAUGUCUCGCCAAAGACUUAUUUAACAGCGUAUAUAUUUUCAAUGCCAUGGCAGCUUCACUCUUUAAAAAAAAAACAGAACAAUUAACUACAACAAAAAACAAAAAACAAAAAACAAAAAAAACUGAAGGCAUUAUCGAAAAUUCUGAAAAUAAAAUUUCCCCUCACGAAGUUGAAACUCUUCACCAACAUGACAUAUUGAGAAAGGUUGUCAGGACGAUGGUAAAGUUAUUACCUUGUUCAGUAUAUUCCACUUAUUUAUUUAUUUGUCAAAUUCAGAUCUCUCCUCUCUCCAACAUUUUGGGAUAGAAGGACGUUCGCCAGCUAAUUGUUUCAGUGUGACCUUGUUACCAAACCUGUGAUAUCAUAAUCAUCUGCGCGAUGUGUACAUACGACACUCAUUACUGCAUUUUAUUUGAUCAUUUAAAUUAAUUAUUUAUUUCGUGAUUUUCUAUAGCUGUUGUGAAACCGAUUAUUUAAUGAUUGGAAUCGAGGGAAAACGUACUAUCCUGUCUAACGAAUUAUCAUAAUGGGGUCAUAUUCUAAGAUUCUCAAUUUACAACAUGACCUUUGCUGAAUUUGUAUACUAUGUUUCUACUGCUUAUAUUGAACUGGCACUAUGGCUAAAUUUGUAUUUUGAGGUUUUAACGAAAUUGCAUUCUGGACUUCGGAGAUGGAAGAUAAUUGUGUUUAUUUAUUUAUUGAUAUGUUUGAAGGACUCAUAAAUGCCAGGGACAUUGGUUCACACCCCAGGUGACCACAUAUAUAUUCCACCAAUCCUGUUAUCGUGGCCAGUAAAUAGGUACACGACCUUUGUUAUUUCCACAAUGUGUUUCUCUUACCUUUAGGUUAUAAACAGUUAAAUUCGUCCUAGUACUAGUUUUUGUAACCGAUCUGUUUAACGUUUCCCUGCGUGUCCAAGUUUAAAUAAUCAAUAUUAAUAUUAUUUAUUACAAUUGCACUGUUAUAUUAGAUUUUGUAUUAUAUAAUAGGUUAUUUAUUAUCACUUGAAAUACACACUGUGAAUAAACCAUGUUAAAAACUAAA